AUGGCAGCGGUACUGCCGCCGUGGCCGCACCCGGCGGCGGCGACGGAGACCCACGCCCGUUUCUGCGGGAAAGACAGCAUCUCAGUCGAGCACAAGCCGAGCGACCAGCCGUGCUCCGUGCGCCUCCGCAGCGACCUGAUCCUGUCCCACGAGCUGCGCGGCGUCGGCGGCCGUUACUUCGGCGUGGCCACCGACCACAACAUGCUCGCCGAGGCGCCGGCGACCGCCGAGUACGACCUCGCCGCCGACAACUGGAUGGAUUCCUCCACGGACCGCACGCCCCUCGACAUAGCCAUCGCCAUCGUCGAGUACGUCCGCGAGGAGAUCGACACGAUGGUCGACAUGGACUUGGUCGCCCCGAGCCUCCACUUCGACGUCCACAUGCCCGAGCUCCGGGUAACCCUGGUCUACAGCGAGCCCAAGGCGCUGCUCCUCGCCUGCAAAGAGGCCGCCGCCGCCGCGAAGACCGAGGCUGUCGGUGCUCCGGUGACGGGCCGAAAGCGCCGCCGUGAGUCCGGCGAGCCGUGCGCCAUCUGCAUGGUGGACGAGGAUGCCAGCUGGGACGAGGAGACCGUCGCGCUGCCGUGCUCCCAUGCCUUCCACACUGGGUGCAUCCUGACGUGGUUCCACCGGGCGCCGACGUGCCCGACCUGCCGGUGUGACAUCAUGGAGUGCUUCAGCUUCGUCAGAUCGUCGGCGCCGCCGGAGCAGUUCACGGAUGACGUGGCCGAGGAUGAGCUCGAUCGCGUCAUAGGCUUCUUAGCCCAUGGUGAGCAGCUCGUCGGCCCCGCGGACACAGAUGAGCAGCAGCUCAUAGAUUCCGAUCCCGAAGAGGAAGAGUUUAUAGAUAUAUAG